AAUUAUUACUACAUUUUACCACGGAAGAAGAAGCAGAAGCAGAAGCGGGCCAUGCAAACACGUUCUAUAAAGCUAAUCCAAAUCCUUCGGAGUAACCAAAUUCGUUAAUGCCGCUAAAACCCCCUCCGAUCUGCUCCGGCGAAUCCCCCCUUCGCCGGUCAGGUGAAUUUUUACUUGUGAACUGAGCUGCAGGUUGGAGUGAUUGAGAUUCUGUUGGAUUUUGGCCAAGGAAGGUUGAGAGAAUGGCUGGGAUUUCCAGCAUAAUGGGGCAUGAGAAAUGUCAAAGAUACUUAAUUUUUAAUGCAGAAACUGCUCUUGGGGAUUAUUUUCGGGUGUUUUUGUAUUUUCUUGGCCUUGCCUAUUGUUUCCUUGGAUUAUCGGCUAUAACGGCCCGAUUCUUUAAAUCUAUGGAAAACGUAGUUAAGCACACGAGGGAGGUAGUUGAGGUUGAUCCUGUUACUAAAAUUGAAGUGAUUAGACAUGAGAAGGUUUGGAAUUACACGAUCGCGGAUAUUAGCUUGUUAGCCUUUGGAACUAGCUUUCCUCAGAUAUCAUUAGCCACCAUUGAUGCUAUACAAAAUCUGGGGAACUUGAAUGCUGGAGGUUUGGGACCUGGAACACUAGUUGGUUCUGCAGCAUUUGACCUUUUCCCCAUCCAUGCUGUUUGUGUGGUAGUUCCGAAAGCAGGAGAACUAAAAAAGAUUGCUGAUCUAGGAGUAUGGCUGGUGGAGCUGUUUUGGUCAUUUUGGGCUUACAUUUGGUUAUACAUUAUUUUGGAGGUAUGGACUCCAAACGUGGUGACUCUAUGGGAGGCCUUGUUGACUGUUCUGCAGUAUGGAUUAUUGUUGACUCAUGCGUAUGCUCAAGACAAACGCUGGCCCUAUAUUUCUCUACCUAUUGCGAGAGAUGAGAGGCCAGAGGAUUGGGUGCCAGAAGAGACUCCUUGUUUUAAACAAAAAUCCCAUGAGAAGGUCGAGUACUCUGAGAUAAUUCAAGUUAAUGAAGAAGAUAGGGACACUGUUGAUAUUUUUUCCAUUCAUUCAUCAAACCCCAGAGAUACAACAAUGUACACAAGAGUACCUCAAAUAGAUGGCAUUAUAGAAAAUUCUGACAAAGCAAAAGACUCAAUGUUGGAGGAUACCCAUUUACUUACAAUUUGGGGACAGCAAUUUGUGGAUGCUCUAAUGUUGGAGAGCCAUGAAUCUAAAAAAAUGAAUAAUGUCUAUCUCCGCAUAGCUCAAAUUUGCUGGCAAUUGCUGCUUUUACCAUGGAGGUUUCUGUUUGCUUUUGUUCCUCCAUGCCAUAUUGCUCAUGGAUGGAUCUCUUUCAUUUGCUCUCUGCUUUUCAUCAGUGGGAUAGCUUACAUUGUGACUAAGCUCACAGACCUUAUAAGUUGUGUCACAGGAAUAAAUGCUUAUGUCAUUGCAUUCACAGCACUAGCCAGUGGUACCUCGUGGCCUGAUUUAGUGGCAAGCAAGAUUGCUGCUGAACGUCAAAAAACUGCAGAUUCUGCAAUUGCAAAUAUCACCUGCAGCAAUUCUGUGAAUAUAUAUGUUGGCAUUGGUGUUCCAUGGCUUAUUGAUACUUUGUACAACUUCAUAGCAUAUAGAGAACCUCUCCAUAUCCAAAAUGCAGGGGGACUAAGCUUUUCAUUGAUUGUUUUCUUCUGCACUUCUGUUGGGUGUAUCUCAGUUUUGGUUGUUAGGCGUCUAGUUUUCGGUGCAGAGCUAGGAGGGCCAAGGCUCUGGGCAUGGAUUACCGCUGUGUUCUUCAUGUUCCUGUGGAUUAUUUUUGUUGUACUAUCUUCACUCAAGGUUUCCGGAUUCAUUUAGAAUUAUAUUCCGGAAACGUUUCUAGUCACUGUAAUAUAUUAUGUAGAUCUUUAGCCAUAUCUUUGAUGCUUUGUGUUUCUCCGGUGCCCUCUCCAGUCCUCAUUGCUCCUCUGCCCUCCUAAAAGGCCAUACAUCUUCCUUAUCUUUUACUGUUAUUUUUCUUUCUUUUCAUGUAUUACACACAUAUGUUAGGUUUGAUUUUUUUCCUUUUUGUGAUUUAUCCACUUAAACAUGUUGUAUUAGUCUUGGUUGUACUUCAAUUCUUCAAACUUCUAUGAGAGGGAAAUUUUUUUCAA